GAAUACCCACUCUUUUUAAUUUCAUUGCCUAAGAGAAAAACAUAUCUAGCUCUAUAUUGUUGCUGCAAAAAUAAAAAAGGAUGUAUCCGCCUUUUUCCAAAAUCUGGUAUAUAAGAGAUCUCGAGCAUUCCAAAACCUAAGAAAGCAACAAGGAAAGCGCAUCCCCACUAAGAAGGAGGCAGCUACCCUCAUUAUUCCCAAAUUAUACAUUAUUUUUUUUUAAUAUAAAAAGAACAUCAAUGAAAAAAGAAGAGAUUUUGUGAAUAAAGAAGUACAACCUAAGGUAGCUUGCUUACUCUUUUCUUCCACGUGAACCACCACCCAAUUUUCUUACUGUCCAGCUCUCUCUAAAAAAGAAGAUAGGAAAUUUUUUAUUUAAAUAAUGAGAGAGAGAGAAGAAAAGCAACGGUAAAGAUAAUAGAAGUAGUUAGCCUAGUUCCCUAUCCCAUUUCUUAAAAACGAAAUAAGCACGAUUUCCAGUCCGAGUAAGGAGCUAAAGUAGGGCUCCGCACCGGGGGCCCAACUCUCAUCAAGUUAGAAAGAAAAAUAGUAGUCCACCUGAGCUCGACCAACGGGAGAGGAAAGAUUUGUCAACCGGGGCAUUCCGGGUUUGUGUACUUAUUCAAUUUCGUGAUUUGUGGCUUAGCGCAACAAAAAAAUAAUAAAAUACAAGUAAGAAAAUGAAAACUUUUUUUUACUUGCCUUACAGACGAGUACGGGAAAUACAAAAGCAAAUAAAUGACAAAGGAAUUGCGUAUAUAAUCGGGCGAGUAAGUGUGCUUAGAUCAAUUAUAAAAUACACGAAUAAGAAGUCCGCACCCAACAAGCAACGCCUUACUCACAUAGGGGUGGUCUUAGACCAGCAGCAAGAAAAGGCGCCCUAAGAAAAUAAGGCGUGCUAACGCGCAACGGUGGUCGUAGAUCAGCUAGCGCUCAAUCCGUUGCUUGUUUGCAUGGGUCACUUCUCCAACUUCGUUUCCUUCCCCCUCCCUAAACGAUCUACCGUAGAUCAAACGGUGAUGAGUAAGGCGACGAGAGUGUGUCAGUGUUCAGGGGAAGGGAUGGCGACAUAUUAACGGAACUUACCCUCGCUCGCUACCCCCUCUACCUCUUACCGCCUACUGGUUAGUCAAUCUCUCUCUCUUGCUCUCUCCUAGGGUAACUGCAAUUACGUACCUUGUCAACUACAGCUCGGUUUGUGGAGGACCGCCCGUCUCUCUCUCUCCUGGUUUGUGUGGCUUAGCUCGCUUCGGUGGGUACACUCCUCUCCGGUCAUAGGGGUGUCUAUGUGUUGUAUCCAACAUACCGGGACGACGUUAACAAGCUUCUUUUUUAAGGGGUUACGACUCAACAAUGAUCCCAUUCCGUCUUGUUACUCUCUCCCCCGAUCGUCGCGCGGGUGGAGUGAGGGGCUCUGGGGUACUACCACGGCACCACCCGAGGCCAUUGAUGGAAAAGACGGACAAAAGUAUGAAGCUCCGGCCAUAUGUAGCGAGCUGAGGUUGGGAGGUAAGCCUCGCUCGUGAGACAUGGCCCAAUUUUACUUUUUGUUUCAUACACAUUAGAAACAGGGGAGUUGGCUGGAGUUGCGCGAAGUCGGCAUGGACUUAUUCGAAAUACUAAACCACUUUUUGAACGCUCAUGGGGGGAUUAUGAAUCACCCGCCGGCUCCAGAACCAGAACCGGGGGCGGCUCACGAGGCGCCCCCGCUAGCGCCAGCACCGGCGGAAGUUCCCCAUGCCCCCCAUCCGAAUUUGGACCCAAAUCCUCUGGAGCAAGAGAUCGGAGGAGAAAGCCUUUUUCAGAUCUAUUCCCGCCUGGUCUUCACUUACAGGGGGAAGACACACUUGCCUUCAUCUGAGUUGCUACUCGAUAAAGCUCGCUCUAUCUUAGAGAUCAAGGGGCAAAGACUCCACAAAAUGGAGGUGCGAAAGCUGCAGGUGGAGGCUGGCUUGAAGGGGGGGCUAAAUUCCUAAAAACUGGGAGGGGGAAUGAGUUUUCGCUGGACACUCUGGGUGAAGUCUUCCAGAGUCUCGAACGUAGGGGCACCGAGAGCUCCUACUUUCAGUCUUUUCGCCAGAAAAGAGAUCGGGGAGACCUUUGACUUUUUCUGGGGACUUUUCCACCGGGGAUAUAGAAAGUCAUUCCUUCUUUUUCCGGUAUGCCGCUCCGCAAGCAAGGAGUGCCACGCACGAGCGGAGCGAAAACAAAGCAAGGGUGGUCUACGAUCAGCUCGACCGCAGGGUGGUCUACGAUCAGGUGGUCGUAGAUCAGGCAAUCAAACUACUGCGCUAGCGCGCCCAGCAAGCAACCAAGCAACGGAUGAGCGCGACGCGCGAGACGUCAGUAUAGGAGCGCGCUAGCGCAACGUUUUCUUGCUGGGGCGCGCUAGCGCGCUCAUGGAGUUGAUUCUUUGGUAAGCAUGCGAAAUCCUUUGAUUGCGUAUUGAAUAUACAUCCAUGUCUUUCUUGUUCACUAGCUAGGACCAAAUUCUCACAUGUCCGUUUCGUUAUUACAACCUUCUUUCUUUAUGUCAAAGACCAGAAGCUACGCGCAAAUUCUCAUUGGAUCUCGGUUGUUCUUAACAGCGAUGGCUAUUCAUUUAAGUCUUCGGGUAGCACCACAAGAUCUUCAACAAGGUGGAAAUUCUCGUAUUCCGUAUGUACAUGUUCCUGCGGCUCGGAUGAGUAUACUUGUAUAUAUCGCAACGGCUAUAAACAGUUUUAUGUUCCUAUUAACAAAACAUCCCCUUUUUCUUCGCUCUUCCGGAACCGGUACAGAAAUGGGUGCUUUUUCUACGUUGUUUACCUUAGUGACUGGGGGGUUUCGGGGAAGACCUAUGUGGGGCACCUUUCGGGUGUGGGAUGCUCGUUUAACCUCUGUAUUCAUCUCGUUCCUUAUUUACCUGGGUGCACUGCGUUUUCAAAAGCUUCCUGUCGAACCGGCUCCUAUUUCAAUCCGUGCUGGACCGAUCGAUAUACCAAUAAUUAAGUCUCCAGUCAACUGGUGGAAUACAUCGCAUCAACCUGGGAGCAUUAGCCAAUCUGGUACAUCAAUACAUGUUCCAAUGCUCAUUCCAAUCUUGUCCAACUUUGCUAACUCCCCCUUCUCAACCCGUAUCUUGUUCGUUCUGGAAACACGUCUUCCUAUUCCAUCUUUUCCCGAAUCUCCUUUAACGGAAGAAAUAGAAGCUCGAGAAGGAAUACCAAAACCUAGUUCACUCGCUGAGAUUGACGGUUCAUGCCGGAAAGGUACGAAGUUGGACUAAUUUGGAAACAUUGGGCAAUUUACUUUAUACCUACUAUUCCGUCUGGUUUUUGGUUCCUAGUCCUAUUUUAUUAGUAGCCAUGAUUGGGGCUAUAGUACUUACUAUGCAUAGGACUACACAGGUGAAAAGACAGGAUGUAUUCCGACGAAAUGCUAUUGAUUCUAGGAGGACUAUAAUGAGGAGGACGUCAGACCCACGAUCUACUAAAGGGCAAGUAGCUUGAUUCUCCAAUCAUGGUUCAAAUAAAAUUCGUGGGAUGGCGGAUCGGCGGUCUCGUCCUCUCAUCAAGUUAACGUUGUCAUGCAGAUUGAGCCCCGGGAGAGGCAAAGGACAGCGGGAGCUAUACUGAAAUACGUCAGAUCAUCAGCCGCGGUAAGCUCCCGUCCACGAGAUAGAUCCGAUGAAACAGCACUUGACCAGAGAGACUGUCCCAAUACGAAACCAUAGCUCAUCAGCUACUUCCAGCUAGUUAGGUCAAGGGCCAAAGCAUCAAGGGCGAGAGGUUUAUAUACAUUGACUGUCACCGAGAUCAGAAGUCAGAAGGAGGGAUCAAAGGGGAAGUACUUUCGGACACAUCCUUGAGAGGCUUUUGCGAAGAACCAAAACCUAGCAAAAUGAGAGUUCUCCCACGACUAGACAAGAUGUCAGAGGCGAGAACGGUAUGCCAUCCACCAGCGGAUUCAUGGGCAGGAACCAGCGGGGCCCUAUCCAACACUUGACCAAUACCAACGAAGCGGCAACGACCUUUAAAGGCGCCUGACGGUUUUGUCUCGCAAGCAACUUCACUAAGGCACUUCCCAAUAAACAGCAAGGUUUUGGAAAAACGAUAACAACAUGCAUCUCCAACUAUACAUAACCGCAUCCACAGAGGAGGGGGGGUCGCCCUAUUAGUCAGUUUCGGCAGCGAGGAAGGAAAGAAGAAGAAGGGGACAGAACCACGUCACCAUCCUCUCUCUCUCAAGUCUCAAGCACACAUACACCGUAUUAUUUGUAUUGAAUUGCCCUGAUGGAUGGGCAUGUUCAAUCAACAUAGGGAGAAAUCCAAAUUGCUAAACAUUUUUUUAUACUUUUUAUAAUUCAUUCAACAAGAAAGAAAAAAAAAGAAUAGAGGUCUUUACAAGACUUACAGAGAGAUUGGGACUUCAAGCAAAUAUUAGGGCUCUUCACCGUGAUAUUAAUCUGUAUUGAAGAAAGGAAACCUUUAGGUUUCUGAGAUUCAUUUGCAUUGAAAAAAGAUUGGCUAAAUCAUCCGACCAGGCUGAUGCUUUAUGUAGGUGGUGUCUUUUGGGUCCACUCUUUGGGUGGUCCGGAAUGAAUUGAUGGGGUGCCCUGAAAGAAAGAUGAGCGAAGGGUCAGAAAUCGUGAGUGGAGUAAAACAGAGCGAGGGGAUGAAAGUAACGGAGGACUAGAUGAGGAAGGAAAGGCUAACAGAGUGAUAAAAGAUCUGCAUGGAAAAACCACUAGUGUUCUAGGAAGAUCUUCAAGAGAUCUGCGGAGAGUUAUUAGACUAGACGUGAAGGAUGGAGGAAGGCGGCGCCUUGAUGGGAUACUCAUCUUGGAGAAAGCGUUGGUCUUCGGCAAAGUGUUGAGAGAUAAUACCGGAUUGAAUGUCGCAGACGGCUCAAUACUCUGAGAAAGACAACAAAAACAACUGAGACCACAGAUCAGUAGCUUGAGGACGAUCCAAUCUUUUCAAAGAAUUCAUCCGCCGGAUUCAAAGAAGUUGAAGCACUCGAGUGCGCUCAGGUAUGAAGUGUUUCUAUUCAUCUAUGGAGAGCUGGUUAGCACCACCACAAAACUUUCUAACAGUACCUCUCUUGUCUCACCAACAACCAUGUCUUCUAACGAUGGAGGGAAAAGAACCUCUUAAACCAUCUUACAGAGAAAAGGUGGUUAAGGGGUCCUCUUCCAACUCUAAAUCCUGGGCUGACGAGAUGGAGGAGUUGGAUAACGAUGUAGCAGAAGUGGACUUGAAUGAAUCUGCUAUAACGGACCAUUGCGAAGAUUGGGAGAAAAAAUACGAGUUGGAGAUCGAAGUACUCUAUCAGAGAGUGCGGAGGCCUGGAACUUAUGCCUUCUUGGCAAAGUCCUAGGCGGAUUUGUUCACCUAAAAUCGCUCACCGAGAGAAUGCAAGCAGUCUGGAAACAAGCAGGCAUGAAAGGAGGAGUUCAGAUCAUGGCCAUGGGAGGCGCUUACUUUCUGUUCAGAUUUGCAAACGUUGAAGACUUCAACCUCGUUAUUACUAUAGGACCAUGGUUUGUCUUCGGACCUGGUCUUGCGAAGAUGGCACGCAAAGUUUGAUCCAUUUGAGACCAAACUGGACUCCGCUAUUAUCUGGGUUCGAUUACCUCGACUUCCUCUUUCAUACUGGCGACCGGACA